AUGUGGAACAAAACGUUUUGGUUUUUCGUUGCGGUACGCGUUGCGUCAGUUUUUCUCGUUGCGAGCUGGUUCGUUCCCGAUGAGUACUGGCAAAGUCUCGAGGUGGCCCAUCAUCUCGCUUUUGGCUAUGGCCACAUGACCUGGGAAUGGACGGCCGGCAUUAGAAGUUACGUGUAUCCGGCGCUAUUUGCCGGGUUGUACAAACUGUUGGCACUGUUUGGGUUAGACUCGGUGGAAUUGCUAACACUGUUGCCUCGCCUAUUACAAGCAUGUCUCAGCGCGUACGCGGACUACCGUUUCCAUGUGUGGUGCAACCGAACCAAAUGGUCCACGUUUUUGCUCGCUUCUUCCUGGUGCUGGUUCUAUGUAGGAUCGCGCACGCUGGCCAACACGCUGGAAACCUCCCUCUCCAUGAUUGCGCUCAGUUACUUCCCUUGGAGCUCGGAAUGUACGCGGUUCUUGUGGCCGGUGGCAUUAUCCUUCUAUCUCCGACCGACUUCGGUCCUCCCGUGGAUACCGUUGUGUUUGUAUCACAUCAAAAAGUCUUCCCAUCCGACUUGGGAGCUGCUGCUGAAGCGCUAUCUGCUGAUUGGCCUGGUGACGGGUGCGCUGUGCGUGAGCGUGGAUAGCUACUUCCACGGGACGGUCGUCUUUACGUUCUACGAGUUCCUGAAGUACAACGUGCUGCAAGGUGUAGGAAGCUUCUACGGAGAGCAUCCAUGGUAUUGGUAUGUGUAUGCCGGGUUGCCGACUGUGCUUGGAAUCUGCCUGCUGCCAUUCCUACUGGCAUCGUACGAAACCCUACGCCAUCGAAAGGUGUACAAAGAGCGAGCUAUUCUGUUGUUGUCGGUGUUUUUCACCGUGGCGGUGUAUUCGUUACUGUCCCACAAAGAGUUCCGCUUCCUGCUGCCAGUGCUGCCGUUGUGUUUGUUCAUUACGGUGGAUUAUCUCGUUCGUUGGAGCCGCAAAGCUUCCAGUAAAAUCAUUUGGUUUACCGCACUGCUGAUCGUGUCAGUGAAUGGGUUGAUGGCGGGUUAUACCGGGCUCGUACAUCAGCGCGGCACGAUGGACGUGAUGCCUUACCUUGCUACCACCGCAAAGGACUAUCGGGACGAGUUUAAUAAUCCCGCCAAAAUGUUCUUCCUGAUGCCUUGCCACUCGACACCGUUCUACAGCCACGUGCAUCAAAAUGUGACCAUGCGUUUUCUGCGUUGCGAACCAAAUCUGACCGACCAGCCGAACUACGUCGACGAGGCGGAUCAGUUUUACGCUAAUCCGAUGAGCUGGAUACGCAGGAACUUGCCGGUGCAUCCGAUCAGCGCUUUACCUACGCACGUCGUUACGUUCGAUGUGCUCGAACCGCAAAUCAAAGAUUUCCUCUCGAUUUACCAGGAAAAAGCCUCGUUCUUCCACACUGACUAUCCGACGGGACGAGUCGGAGGAUAUGUGAAGGUGUAUGAGCGAUUCGAUCGGAAUGCAGCAGCUGGCACUAGUAGCACCACCACGACCACCCCACCGACCAGAGAUCCUUCCCUGGAGGACGAUUACGAUCCUGAGUACAAUCCGUAA